AUGUCCUCCAACACUAACACCUUUGCGCCUACCUCUCAGGGUGGCACCAAUUCGCCCCCUCUGGAAGCAAGCGGUCAGCACCGCACCAUGGGCGUGUCCUCCAUCGAUGGAAGCGUAUCAAAGCCUGCCAUGGAUAUUGAUCAGAGGGCCGCCUAUUUCCAUGAGUCGGACAAGCAGCAAUCUGGGACGAUGGUAGAUGAAGAGCCGACACGUCCCGAGAAGAUCAAGACAGAUUGA